AUGGGGAAAAACCCAACUUGUCUUGAUUUUUUUGAACUCUACUUUCCAGAUGAACCUAUAACUUUGUUAGUUGCAGAAACCAAUCGGUAUGCAAGGCAGUUUUUUGCUGCUAAUCCAGAUAACUCUUCUUUGAGGGAGGAAACUAAUGUUGCCGAAAUUAAAACUUUUAUUGCUGUCAUUCUUUUAAUGGGAGUUAUUUAUAAACCCAAACUUAGUAAGUAUUGGUCAAAAGAUGCAUUGUAUAAUACUCCAAUUUUUUCAGAAGUUAUUAGUCGAAAUCGUUUUAAUAUAUUAUCAAAGUUUUUUCAUUUUAAUAACAAUGAAGAUUAUGAUGCAACUGAUCAAAACAGAGAUCGCCUUCACAAAGGUCGUUUACAUUUCCGUCAAUAUAUUAAAACCAAACGUGCUCGUUUUGGGAAAAAGUUUUAUGAACUAGCAACUUCAGAAGGAAUAACACUAGACUUCCUUGUACACUGUGGUAAAGGAAUGUUUGCUGAUGAUGAUAUAAAUGAUCAGAUGCUUUCAUCAGCAAGAAUACUAUCUGUGCUGAUGAAACCUUUUAUGGGUCAAGGUCACACUCUUUAUACAGACAAUUAUUACUCUAGUACAACACUUGCAAAGUAUUUUCUUGAUAACAAGACACAUCUAUUUGGCACAAUUAGGUCAAAUCGAUAUAAUCAUUAA